AUGUGCCAAACACCGCUGUUUUGUAAAGAUACAUACUACUGGGAUGGCUUGGAGUGUAGUUUAAGGAAAACAAUAAAGGUGUCAUGUAAUGUCUCAAUGGAGUGUGCAGACAAUCUUCAUUGUAAAGGGUCGCUGUGUGAUUGUAAAGACAUAGAGUACUGGAAUGGGUCUCGAUGCGAGACAAGAAAAAAUGUCAGCAUGGAAUGCUUGGAAACAAGGGAAUGCCAGCAAACUCUGUAUUGUGCUCGCGAUAUCUGUCAAUGUCCAGCUACAGACUUUUGGAACGGGUCUUUGUGUGUCUUAAAAACCAAAUUGAAUGGAACGUGCGAGUCUCCAACGGAAUGUGGUGACACGUUACAGUGCACAGAUAAUGUAUGUGUGUGUUGUGAAACAGACUACUGGGAUGGAAAAUAUUGUGUCAAACGAAAAGGGUAUAACAGUUUAUGCAGUAAUCAUUCAGAAUGUAUGAAGGAGUACACUUGUACAAACAACUGUGUGUGCUUUGAUACUGCAUAUUGGAAUGGUCAUACAUGCGUGCAACAAACUGAAUGUGAAGACGUCCAAUCUGACUGGGGCGGGGUAUAUAUUGUAAGGCCAAUCGGAAGUCCGUCCCCAGUUAAAGUAUACUGUGUCAUAAAAGGAAGUGAAAAAUGGACGGUUAUACAGAGAAGGCAAAGUAGCACAGUAAACUUCUACAGAGGCUGGUCAGAUUACAAAUCUGGAUUCGGAGAUGUGGAGGGCAACCAUUGGCUUGGAAAUGAUAAUAUCCACUACAUAUCCUCUAGUGGGCCUCAUGAGUUACGUGUUGAGUUAAAGGAUUGGAAUGGAUUAACUGCCUAUGCUGAGUAUUCAACACUUAUGAUUGGAGAUGAAAGUAGCAAAUACGUCCUUGCAGUCGGUGGAUAUUCCGGAACAGCUGGAGAUUCCUUACAGCAUCAUAAUGGCUACACAUUCCAAACGAAGGAUGUCAAUACUGGUUACUCAACAUCAUGUCAGGGUGCAUGGUGGUACGCAGGAUCAUGUUCCUAUACAAAUCUGAACGGACAAUAUACUAGAGGAAAUCCUUAUUAUGGACAGCAAACUACCGCAAUAACAUGGUAUCAUUGGAAAAGUCAGUUAAUCGGGCUAAAAGAAACAACCAUGAUGAUCAGACGAAAAUGACACAAACAAUGAAUAGCAGUUUUCGUUUAAUUGGAAGAUUUAUUAGUUUUUAUGACGUUGGGACAAUUUACUCAAAUGGUUUUUCUUCAAUGUAUCAAAAAUAUUGACCGUGUAUUUGCUUUGCUUUGUGACUUCUGGAAUUAAGGAAUAAGAUAAAUAACCAGAUAAAAAGUGUUAACAAAAGUGUUUGUCUUUUUUACUUAACCAUUUGUAGAUUGUAGCAUUUUUCGAUAGAAUUCAAAAUUAUUGAUUAUUCAUUAUAAAUUGACAUCGGGGUUUAAAAAACAAAAUGAAACGUACAAUUUCAAUACAUUGGGUGAUUGGUCCCAACCUAUUUAUUGUUAUCCAAAAAAAUUUAAAUUCCGAUUUCAUAUGGGGUUUUCUUCUUGACAAUGACUUGGUAUGAAAUAAAUUGUAAGUUAAAAAAGGUUGAUGGGGGUGGCCAUGUAUGUUUUCGCAUGUUACGAGCUAACUUAAGAUUGCUUUCAGUGAUUCACUUCAAACUUUACAAACAUUAUAUGGAUUAAAGAAUAGAAGUUUUAUGCAACAUACCAGAGUUAUGUCUGAGUUGUUCAAGUUCAUGCAAAUAAUGUUAAGGUAGAUUUUCAAAAUGCUAAAUUAAAUUGAAAUUUACGUCUAAAAAUCAAUAUUUGUUCUGGUACUGAGGAACAUUUUCGCAUUUUCUUUGAAUGUUCAUAUAGACAUGUUUAUCAAUUAAUGUUGACGCACAAAACGUUUUUCAUUGAAGUGUUUCGGUUAAUGUCUUUUCAAUAUCGACAAUUUUUCUAUACCCAUGAUUUGCUCGUUUACAGUCCAUGCAAAACAAUACUUCACAAGAUAUUCAUGUGGUGCAUCAAAUUUGUCAUUUUGCAAGUUUGUGUCAGUUAUAAGGUAAA